AUGACUUUACAUAAAUCACCUGUAUUUUCUAUAAAUCCAUCUGAUUGGUUAAAAGGAGACGUUUCGAAGCUCACAUAUUUGAAAAUAUUUGAUAAAGUCGUAUCUUCUCGUAUAAUUUUCGUAAAUAAGAUGUUGCAUUUUCAAACUGUAUUUUGGGUACAACUUUUAAUUAUCAGCCUAUUCUACACUCACAAAGUAAUCAUAUCAAUGCCAAUAGCUGAAGAAUUGAGUAUUGAAUGUACAAUUCAAUGUGGAGUCGAAGCUGAUAAAUGUCAGAAAGCACAUGCAACAACACAACCACUAAUUGAAGCAUGUGUACAAAAAAUGUUUGAAUGUGUCAAACACUGUACUGGACCACCACCUGUUGAAGAUUAUUAUUAUUAUUAA